AGCUCGUGAGUUACAAGUUACGUUACGCUCAUCCUCAGCUUGCGCAUGACACGUUUCUGCUCCGAAGGCAGUCGCGUUAUCUCCAUGUCCCUUUAGAGAAGCACAAACUCGCUCAGACUUACUUUUCUCCACCACAUCCUCGUCAGCUCAACAUGUCCACCGGCUCCAUCAGCGAUGUGGAUGAAUUUCACGAGUCUGAGCUGCUGGAUAGUCUUUUGAAAUUCGGAUCCGGUAAAGAUCCGGGGACAUCGAACGAGAGCACGGAGGACAGCUCCAACUGCGAAGGAGCCUCGGUUACAGAAUGUACGGGGAAAAGGCGCAAAUCAGCCGCCAUGCGUAAACCGGCUCCCAAUGGUGUAGCCCAAGAGGGCAAGCAGGUCCAGAGGAACGCGGCGAACGCGCGCGAGAGGGCGAGGAUGCGCGUGCUGAGCAAAGCGUUCUCUCGGUUGAAGACGACGUUACCGUGGGUUCCGCCAGACACCAAACUCUCCAAGCUGGACACACUGCGGCUGGCCUCCAGCUACAUCGCGCACCUGCGACAGAUACUCGCCAAUGACAAAUACGAGAAUGGCUACAUACAUCCAGUCAACCUGACGUGGCCGUUUAUAGUGGCGGGCAAACCAGAAAAUGAACUUAAAGAAAUGCUGAAUUCUACACGUUUAUGUGGGACUACAGCUUCCUGAUACACCAGAUGGACUUAAAACAUGGACCUAUUUGAAAUAUUUGAAUUAAAAAAAUAUGAAUAACACGUCAUCUCCUAUCUAAACACACGAGUGGGAAUAAUGGGGACAACAUCCUCACUCGCAUUCCUGUAGAAACUGAUAGAGAAACUGAUAUCUAGCCUAUUUAAAUACUCACACGUGGGCCUUGCUGGUUCAAGGCAACAAUGUGUGAUUUUAUGCAACUGUUUUUAUAAAGAUUCUGUCAUCACUUUUUUUUUAUUAUUAAAAACACGAGAAAUGAUUAUGCGUAGGGCUUUGGUGACACGGAAUGUCAUAAUAUCACGCGCCUUUGCUGUUUGCAUUAGAAUAGUUGUAAAUAAAAA